GCUAGCUUAAAUGCUGGGUUGGUUUUUUUUUUCCCCCUUCUUUUCCUUGUUUUUAAUUCACAAGCACAGCUUUUUACUCCUCACACAGUAGGAAUUUGUCAGGAGCUUGCUGGCAUUGAUAGUCUAUUUCAGCUCUUUUCUAUAGCCCAGCAGCUACAGAGGGGGGGAAAAAGCAUGCUUUGUAUGGAGCUGUGGUUGGGUCUGUGCUGCAGUGCCCAUCUGAACUUGGCUGUGUCUAUUUUGUCAGCUUUUGCUUCCCUCUAGUAGUUGCUGGUCCCUUCCUAAACUCACGAAAUCCCACCAUACAAUGCCUGUGCUUGGAUCAGGGUUCUGGCUGCUCCUGACCCGAACCACUUCUCUUGACGGUUUUUCUUCUUGAGCUCUUUACUGCAAACAAGAUACCUUUGAGUUUCAAUUCUUUGUCUGGCUUUUUAUCUUUUACUUCUCAAUUGAUCUCCAGAGGAGUGGGACUAGGACAAAACAUGUGGUAUUCUUGACCAGGGAUCCAUGGAGAGGGUGUAAGCUGUUGGAAAAGUGAGUGGCAUUCUUGAAAUGGUGUGGUUGCGUUUAUUUGGGUGUGGAUAUAAUCAUGCUUCUGUGAUACAGAUCCUGCUGAGUUUGAAAUGCUAGUGUUAGUAAAGCCAGAAGGAGAGCCAGACAAAAGCUUGGAGAAAAGUCAGAAUUUCAGUGCUUCUUAGUGAUGGUUCAUGGGAAAGUAACGAUUUUGUGUUUGAUUUUCCUAAAGCACCGGGCAUAUGCUUUCUCUUCUCUGUGAAUUACUGUUUGUGAAUGUAUAUCUUUACAGCAUGAGAACAUCAGAAACACCUGGUUUUGUGCCUAGGUUUCACUCAUAGAGUUUUUAGGUGGCAGAGACACAGUGAAGCUGAGUGUGGGGCAGGCAGAGCUGAUGGGGGAGCCUGGGGUGUAGCCCAGGAUGGACUGGCUGUGACGACGACGUGCCUUAGCCCGAGAGGUCGUUACCAUGAAGAGUUCCUGCAGAGCUGGCCUCCACAGGGAACCACUGACUUCCACAUCCUCCACCUUCCAUCAGGUCAAACGGGUUUCUGGUAUGCACUUAAAGCCAUAUCUCAAGUUACAGAAGAAAGAGCGAUCCCCAGAAAUAAGCCAGGAUUCCCUGCGAGGCCACCAGGGACCAGCACAAGGAGAAAAAUUCACCAACUGCACCAAACUGAGCGUUUUCCCAAAACCCUCCCUCGUGGCUCCAUCUCAAAAGCUCCUGGGGAUUAUUUAUCCAAAUACUAUGUGCAAUAUGAACGGGAAGGGCCCGGCGGACGCUCCGAGUGCAAGGGAGAAGAAGAGCGCCCUGUCUGCCACCAUCCACCAGGGAGAAGAAGGGGAAGGGCCUCUGGAUGUCUGGGCUGUGGUGAAGCCUGGCAACACCAAGGAGAAAAUCGCCUUCUUCGCCGCCCAGCAGUGCAGCAGCAGCACCCGCACGGGCUCCAUGAAAAUCAAGAGCACGUGGGACAUCGACGGGAGAACGGCCAAACGCAGGAAAAAAUCGGUGGAUCUUAAAAAAGCCAAAAUCCAACUGGAAAGAAUGAGGGAGGCCAACGCCAGGUGCUCCCAGCCGGAGCCCUUCGCCUGCGGCAUCGAGCACUGCUCGGUGCACUCGGGCAGCGACGGCGGCGAGGGCGCCUUCCCGGGCCGCUCGCUGUCCGUCAUCGAGAUGGUGGCUUUCCUAGAGCAGCGGGCCAGCGCCCUGCUGGUGGACUGUGCCAAGACCUGCACGGCCACCUCGGCCACCAGGCUGAGCCUCCAGCCCAAGGCUGCCCUGCCCAGCUCUGGCUCCGAGCCCUUCUCCCCGGGCGAGGCGCCCGCGGAGCCGCAGGGCGAGCCCGUGCGCGUGUUGGACAUGGUGGCCAGGCUGGAGUCCGAGUGCCUGAGGCGGCAGAGCGAGGCCGGGAGCCUCUCCCGCAACAACAGCUUCCGCAGGAACGUGGGCAGAGUGCUCCUGGCCAGCGGCACCCAGCCCGAGGGAGACGUGGGGAAGGGGGUCCCGGCUCAGGGGGAGGCAGGGGUGGCAGAGGCCGGCUAUGGAGGUCGCUGCGGCCCUCUGGGUGACACCGAGCUGUGGGAUGGUGGUGCCUCUGCCCAGCGGCCGUUUCCUUCGGGGCUGGAUACCCGGGUGGGGAAUGUGAAUUCGGGACUUGCCCAGGCGGUGUUGGCCAUGACAGCUGGCAGGAAUGACACUGAAACACGGAUUGAGCCCCCCAGGGCUCUCCUGUCCCCGUGUCCCUCUGCUGCCAGGCUGCCACCGGAUCCCUUGCAGAGCAAGAACGCGACUGUUGAUUGUACGUCGAAAGAGCCUGUAAUUUUCCCAAAGCAUCCUGCUAGGAAGGAGCCCUUGUGCAUCAGUAUAUCAGUCACCAAGACAGAGGAAGGGUGCAGGAAGGAGAAGCUCUCCAGUUCUGGUGAGGAUUCACUCCCAGGGAGGCUGUUUUUCCUCCAGGGUGAGCAGCCUGCUGCUCAUGAGCAACAGCCACGGCGGGAGGGUCCCCAGGAGAAGCCAGGGGAAGCAGCCCAGAACGAGGAUGAGGAUGCUCUGGCAUCUGGCAGAUCGUGUGUCAGGAGCAGCGUCCCUACAGAGCCAUCGGCCCCUUCCGUCCCUGCCACAGAAGGGGCUUUGCAAGUACUUGAUGCUUCCUGCCUAAAGCGGCAGGUUUCACAUGACUUUCUGGAGACCAGGUUUAAAAUCCAGCAGCUUUUGGAGCCUCAGCAGUACAUGGCCUUCUUGCCUCACCACAUCAUCGUGAAGAUCUUUGGGUUGCUUCCCACCAGGAGCCUGGUUGCCCUAAAAUGCACUUGCUACUACUUCAAGUUCAUCAUUGAGUACUACAACAUCAGGCCGGCGGACUCGCGCUGGGUGCGCGACCCUCGCUACCGGGAAGAUCCCUGCAAGCAGUGCAAGAAGAAAUACGUGAAGGGGGACGUGUCCCUGUGCCGGUGGCACCCCAAGCCCUACUGCCAGGCUCUGCCCUACGGGCCUGGCUACUGGAUGUGCUGUCACCGCUCCCAGAAGGGCAUCCCUGGCUGUAAGCUGGGGCUCCAUGACAAUCACUGGGUCCCUGCCUGCCACAGCUUUAACCGCGCCAUCCAUAAGAAAACCCGAGGAGCGGGAGCAGAGGUGGAAGAGGAAUAUUAGUGCACAAACACUUUCCUGCAAGAUUGUUUGGGAGAGGAGGAGGAGGAGGAGAUUCUCAUGCCUUGUGCUGUUUACAGUGUAUAUAAUUGUCGUGAUUUUUUUUUUUUUUCCACAGGGCUAUGAAACUGCACAUACUCAAACACAAGAGCCUUUACCUUUUAGAUUAAAAGAGAGCUUUUAGUCCAUCUCUGUAAAUAACACUAUAAAAACUAAUUGUACAUACAGAGUCUACAGCUGGCUGAACAAGGUAACCCCUACAAUGCAGCUAUCCCAGUGUUGCGGCUAUAGGUGUGUGUGUUUUUAAGUGUCUUGUUUCAAAAUCUGUAUAUCCUGUAUAAUAUAUGAAUGUUUCUGAGAAGAAACUCUAAAUAGGUAAAGGUCAACUUGUUUAAAGAAGCUGCAGACAACUUAACUGGACAACCUGAAACUUAGACUAUAGAACAGAUCCAUUAUAGUAGCGUGGCAGUGGAUUAAAAAAAGAAAGAGAGGAAUAUUAUUGUAUAGUCAGAAUAUAAAAAAAGUUCUUGUCUACCUUACCCAUGUUGUCUGGUUGGUUUUUUUUUUUUUUUACAUAAAUAAAAUGUGCAUUCUAGA